AUGAACAGUGUGAAGUUGUGCCCUCUGCACGACUUCUUCAUUAAAAAUCGUUUGGACCCCUCACAACUUCUCUUUGACCCAAAAUUUGCGGAGCAGGGACAAACCAGUGGCAGAGGAAGGGGUAGGGGCAGAGGAAGGGGUCGUGGCCGUGGAAAUAGAAAUGUAGAUCAAGAGAUGAAUUCACAAGCCAAGUGUGCAGAAGAUUCUGAUGCAUUGAAGCAAAAUGAAAAGCAGACUCAAAGCAAUGAAAGCAUGGAAAACGCGUCAUCACCUGAAGAAGUUAAGCAGACUUUUCCAGUUAGCAAGCCGGCUCAGGUGUCCAUUCGAAAUUUUGACUUAAACAUGGACCCAGAUGAGAAUAUGGAAUCGUUAACAUCACCAACUGCUGUUCCAACUAGUUCAUCAGCAAAAUCAGAAGAGAAACAUCAUGAGGAAUAUCCUGGAUGGUCCUUGUCUGAUAUGGAAAAAAUGACCAUUGAUCCCAUUCAACUAGCUAACAUAAAUGGAAGGAUUGAUGAAGAUGAAGAGGAUUAUGAUGAAGAAAUGUAAAUACACCUGUGUUGGUUUAAUGAUGACUUCUCAUAUAGGCCAGUGACUAGAAACUUCUAAUGGAUAACUAGAGUAGACUUUUUAGGAGCAGUGUUAGACAGAUCCUUAGUAGUUAGCAAGAUUAGGAGGGAUGAUAGGCCAUUAUUCAUUAAUUGAUUAAUCUCCUAAGAAUCUUUUGUUUUAGGCCAAAAGUGGAUACAUAGAGUGUUGAAAUUAGAAAUAGUCAAGGUAUUGUAAUUUGAGAAAUUUUACAUGAAGAUUUUGGGUGAAGUGCGGCUUAAAAUUUCAACAAGUGUUUUAUCUGUUAUGAUUUUGUUCUUUCUU